UCAUUUCAAUUUAGACCAAUGGAAACGCAACUCCGUAGAGUGACCAUCUUGAUUGGGUCAAACUGUGACGUGAUGUCACCCAGGGUAAUCUCCAAUCACCAGCGACCCUCCCCGUCUCCUUUGCAGAAGUCACUAUAAUUGAAGAGGUGCGUUUCCCUGGUUUACUUUGCUUUCCUGCCAGUCACCAUGCCCGAGCCCGCCAAGUCCGCGCCGGCCCGGAAGAAGGGCUCCAAGAAGGCGGUGACCAAGGCGCAGAAGAAGGACGGCAAGAAGCGCAAGCGCAGCCGCAAGGAGAGCUACUCGGUGUACGUGUACAAGGUGCUGAAGCAGGUGCACCCCGACACGGGCAUCUCGUCCAAGGCCAUGGGCAUCAUGAACUCGUUCGUCAACGACAUCUUCGAGCGCAUCGCGGGCGAGGCGUCGCGCCUGGCGCAUUACAACAAGCGCUCGACCAUCACGUCCAGGGAGAUCCAGGCGGCCGUGCGCCUGCUGCUGCCCGGGGAGCUGGCCAAGCACGCCGUGUCCGAGGGCACCAAGGCCGUCACCAAGUACACCAGCUCCAAGUGAGCACGCCAGCGGCUGAAAGAACGGUCCUGACAGACCUAGACCUACGGCCAACCGGCUCUUUUUGGAGCCGUCCACGCUUACUAAGAAAGCUGUUCGCUGUUCGGAUCCGGCCACAGUAGGAAUGCACAUUAAUCUUUUGGAUGUCCAUAGCUAUAGGUAAAGUGUAGCGUUCUAGUUAGCUUUGUGUAUUUCAGUCUAAUUUCCAGUUGCGGGGAUCCCUGGGUGGCUCAGCAGUUUAGUGCCUGUCUUGGUCCAGGACGUGAUCUGGGGUUCUGGGAUCGAGUUCUGCAUCAGGCUCACUGCAUGGAGCCUGCUUCUCCCUCUCCCUGUGUCUGCUUCUCUCAUGAAUAAAAAUCUUUUAAGUGA